AUGUUAGUAGUCUGGGAAGCAAAUUGUGCGCUUAAAGAUGUCAGAAUUCGGUGGUACGAAAACAGGCCAAGUGACGGCAUAGGUGUAUUACUCGGCACGUCGAAUAUCCUUGUCCCUUUAAAGUUAGAUGAUUAUCAUCACGUAUAUAAAGCGAUUAUAGGACCAUUCGAAACUAUAUCUAAUUAUGAGUAUGAGAUAAUUCAUAAAGAAAAUGAACGAAAAUCUGAAGCUAUCAUUGCUUCAAAUUCCUUUCAAUUUUUUCCAGUUCUACCAGACGAUUCUAAUUCAAGUGCCUAUCCUAUAAAAAUAGUGGCAUUUUCUGACAAUCAAAUGGGCCUCACCAUUUUUAAUCGCCUUGUGAAAUCGGCUUUCCAACAUCACACGCCAAAUUUUAUAAUCCAUGCAGGCGAUGCCGUACAAGAUUACAAGAAUCUUCAACAAUGGCAAACAGAUUUUUAUGAUCCUUUGACAAACUAUCAAUUAUCACUACAGGCGCCUAUGAUUUAUGCGCAUGGAAAUCAUGAUUACGAUAAACAAAGUGUAUACGCAUACACUACGGACAUGCCUUGGUAUUCAUUCACGAUAGCCAAUACGCGUUGGAUAGUGCUAGAUAGUAAUAUAGAUGACGUUAAGCAAGAUGAAUGGCUUCUUCAAGAACUUUCUUCUUCAGAAACAAAAAGUGCUGAAUUUAGAAUUGUAGUCGUGCACAUUCCACCUUUUGUCGAAUUUUGGGAACCUGAAGCGUGGCAUGACAAAAAUGAAAAACACUGGGGAGAAUUCGUACGUACUAGAUUUGUACCUUUAUUUCGUACACACGGAGUAGAUUUAGUAAUAAGUGGACACCAGCAUAAUUAUCAACGUGGACAAUCAGACGGAAUAGUAUAUGCAAUUAUUGGCGGGUCUGGAGGUGAUUUGGAUCUUGAAAAUGUAGAGGAUUGGAAAAUGUAUGUGACUACGAAAAAAACACAUCACUAUGUUCUAAUGGAGAUAUGGUCGGAUAAGAUCAUUUGGGUCGUAUAUGACCUUAAGGGUUCUGUGAUUGAUAAAUUUGAAAUGAGCAAUAGAGUUAUUUUUUCAUCAAUUUCAUAA